UACAGGGGAUGACCAGAGACUGCGGACACAGUGCAGGAGAUGACCAGAGACUGCGGACACAGUGCAGGAGAUGACCAGAGACUGCGGAACACAGUGCAGGAGAUGACCAGAGACUGCGGACACAGUGCAGGAGAUGACCAGAGACUGCGGACACAGUGCAGGAGAUGACCAGAGACUGCGGACACAGUGCAGGAGAUGACCAGAGACUGCGGACACAGGGAUGACCAGAGACUGCAGACAGUGCAGGGAAUGACCAGAGACUGCAGACAGUGCAGGGGAUGACCAGAGACUGCAGACAGUGCAGG